AGCGGGUGAAUAUCAAAUAUAAUAGCCCUAAUCUCUCAGUCUCUCACCCUCUCGUUCACUCUCUCGCUCUCCUUCAUCUCUCGCUGUAGCCCUAAUCGAAGUUCUCUCUCUCUCGAUUUCGAUUUCGAUUUCGAUUACGAAAUCUAUGUUUGGGUGAUUCGUUCUCAAUUUCGAAGCUUAUUUUGAAUCUCAGAAUAUUUGUUAAAGCCUUUGUAAACCCUUAUAUUGAAUCCUCACACCUUCAAAUCUCGCCUCUCUCUCAACGCUCUCUAAACCCUUAUCAUUCUCACGAUGUUGCUCCAGAACGGUGUCAUCUUUCAGAGCGAUUUUGAUUUCGAAGCUCCAGAGCGGUGUCUCUCUCUCUAGAUCUCUCUUCAUCUUUGAGAUUCAGAGAUUCAGAUCGGUCUCAGUGAUUUCAUCUCAGAGCGAUUUCGAAGCUCCAGCGAGUCCUGCAAUUCUUAGGUAUCUUGCUUGUGCAUUUCCUGGAGUAGCUGAUCACUGGUUUUGCGAUUAUGGCUUGAGAGGAAAAUCUUACCUGAGUCUCUUCUUCGCCAAUAUAUGGAUGACAUUGGAGUUUCAAAUGACGAUGCAUCUGCUGGAUUUUUCCUUCCACGUCCGUCUCGAGCUGAGCGUGCUGUAGAUGAUCCAAUUAGAGAUAUGGAAGGCAUGCUUGUUGAUGAAUAUGGGAGGGAGAGUUCCAACACUACAAAAGGGAAAUAGAAUGGAAAAUAUAUUUAGUUUUCCAUGGUCGAAAGAUAAUCCUAUUGUUCUUGGACCGAGAUUUAAGGAUGCAUUCCAAGACCCAAAUUCAUACCUUGCCAUAGAGCCCAUCUUUGAGAAAGAGAGGUAUAUAGUAACAUACAACCCUUCAAAGGGAAAUAUAUAUGCAUUGUUGAAGGAUCAAGCAAAAUCAGAUGACAUUUUGAAAGCAGCUUUCCAUGCUCAUGUGCUUCUGCAUAUCAUUCACUCAUCAAAUCAGAAUCAGCCUCCUUAUAGGAAGCAUCGAGAAACUGAUCAUUCAGUGUUUAUGCGUUCUAUUACCGAUCUUCAAUCUCAUAUUACUGAAUCUUGUAAGAUGGUCUCAGCUUUAUAUAGGCCUUUCAAGAGCAAAGUUACAGAACAGAGAUCAAAUUCUCAUCAAUUUACAUCAUAAUUGGGCUGUUGGUCUGCCAAAACGAGCA